CCGACAUUUCGGAAGAAGGAAGGAAGAAGAGCACUCUGUGGGGUUGCGCUUUGGCUUCCUAGAAACAGAACCAAUGAAUUCCGGGUUCCGUACUCGUCUCUGCUGCGGAAUGGAAGGUUGACUCCCAAUGGUGCCAGCCGAUGGUUGUCGCUCGGAAUUGCGUCGGACGUCAUCCACGUCCACCAUCCGCCGUUCUAUGCCCGCCUACUUAUAGCUGCGAUUUUGCGUGCUCUGUAUUCGCUGGAAAGUUGAAAAUCCAUCGUCCUGCGCUCCAUCAUACAGAAUGACCGGCGUUACAUAUUCCCCGGUCCAGGAGGCCGGCCGCAUCUUUUCCUACCUCUGUGAUAAGGCGGAGAGUCUCAAUCUCCCCGCAGAGGUCGUUUCCAACCAAGAUGCCGUCUCUUUCUACUCGGCCCAUAACCAGAUUUACUAUCCGAUCCCGUUCAAGGAGACCGAAACCCUAGCUGCCUUGAAAGGAGUCGAAGGUUCCGUUGCCGCUGCCAUUGCGGAUCUGCGCUAUGGACAGGCUGCGCAGAAACGAAAUGUCAAGGUUAGUCUUGAGCGGGCAACGGCUUUCGGAUGCCAGGCGUACAUGGCCAAAGUAGAUGGACUAUCGAAGCUGGACCCCGAGGUGAAGAAGAAGUUGAAAGACACCGAUUUGCUUGCGGCGCAGUCCAACGGAUACCGGCGCAUGUCGGCGAACCUCUACAAAACCAAGAACGCGGGGGAGUUCUUCCAUAUCCACGGCUCUCUCGAGGCUUCGACCACGUUGAAUAUGAUUGGUUUGGAAGGACACCGUCCCGACCUGACGGACUACGAGGAUGUGAUUAAGGUGAUUGAGAGCCAUGUCCAGAAAUACUCUGCCGCGGAGCUGGAGAAGAUGAACAAGGAGAGGAAACAGGCCGGUGUGACAGCCCUGAAAUACGAGGAUUUCAUUCAAACGCCCCACGGUAAACUCAACCUGGAGCAGCCGCCAUGGAAGGUCACCAAGCUUGGCGGUGACUUGCCCCCAACACCCUUCCCGGCCGCCGAUGGCAGCCAGAGGAUUCUCAAGGGAAUUAAAGUGCUUGAAAUGUGCCGGAUCAUCGCCGGUCCUACCGUUACGCGCAUCCUCGGAGAGUAUGGCGCCGACGUGCUGAAAAUCACCAGCCCUAACCUGUCGGAUGUUCCCUUUUUCCAAGUCGAUGGCAACAUGGGCAAAUACGCAGCCGACCUGGAUCUAAAGACAGAGGAAGGGCGUCGUCAGUUCGAGGUCCUCCUCGCGGACGCCGAUGUCCUUGUCGAUGGAUACAGGCCAGGCGCACUGGAAAAGCUGGGCUACGGCCCCGAGGCCCUCGCUGCCCUCGCUGAAAAGCGCGGCAAGGGGUAUGUCUACGUGAACGAGAACUGCUUCGGAUACGAGGGCGAAUGGGCUUACCGCCCCGGCUGGCAGCAGAUUGCCGAUUGUGUCACUGGAAUCGCCUGGGCUCAAGGCCAAUUCAUGGGCCUGUCAACCCCCGUGGUUCCUCCUUUCCCUAUUUCCGACUACGGCACUGGCUGCAUGGGCGCGAUCGCUGCUCUCACGGGUCUCUAUAACCGCGCCAAAUACGGCGGUUCGUACCACGGCAAAGCAUCCCUGAUGCACUACGAUCUUCUCCUCUUCGCUGUGGGCAAGUAUUCCGACGCCGUGCAAGAGACCAUGCGCGCCGCGCAGCCCGCAGAGUUCUUCCAACUCCGUCACUGCGACAGCGUCGAUCGGAUUUCUUCGACGGUCCUGAAGGGCAUGCAGAAGCGGUUCCCGCAUCUGUAUCGCGGCCCUAGUGAAGCCGGACCCGAGGAUGCCCUGACGGAGCUGUGGUAUUCCAAGGCGUAUAGUGCCGACAUUGAGGUUGUGCGGCCGAUUACGCAAAUCGACGGGGUGGACAAUAGCUUUACCCGGGCGAGUCGGCCUAAUGGAGUGGACCGGGCUAGUUGGGAGGAUUUCGGGGCCAAGGAGGAGGGGGAUUAUAAGAAAGCAUAAAGCAUAAAUUAUUUCACAAUCUAGAAGGAAAUAAGCAUCCCUACC